UCUGCAUUAAUUCUCUUAUGCAGACAAACAGCUUAUGUCCUUCAAUGCUGUGUUUGGAUAUAGAGUAAAGCUGAUGAGAUUCAUUUAGCUGUUUAUUAUACUGCAAGCUAUUAAUAUUUUGCAUUCAAUAUAAUGGCUAUGUGUAGGGAGAAUUGAAGAAAUUAGCCUAUCACCUCUGAGAAUGGGUAUCCAUGGCAGAGCUCUUAUUUGAUGCAAAUAGUCUCGCACAAGUUCAGUCACAGGUGGAAACUAUGCGGAGAAGAGAGCUCAAGGUGGUUGAUGAAUUUGAUAAUCUACAAGUAGAGCUAAACUCGUUGAAUAGGACAAAUUCAACCUUACGGGAAAAAAUUGAACCCCUCAAUGAUGUCUCAAAAACAAAAUUAGAUCUCGAAGACCGCGUGAGGAAACUCGAAAGGAAAUUAAGCGUGGUUCAAAAAGAUCGUGAUCAUUACCGAACGAUUAAUGAAAUGUAUGAAAAUGAGAUGUCACGAGUUGGAGGCUCAGCAACAGUUUCAAUGGAGACCAAGCAAAUCAAUGAGUUGGAACGGCUUUUGGAGGAAUAUCGUGGAUUAGUUUCAAUAGUCGAUACCACGCCGAAGGUUAACGAAGAAAUUGUCACCAAAUUGAACCAGGAAGAAGAACAAUUGACGAAGGAAGUUGCUGAAUUGAAGCAGACAAUCAAACAUUUAAAGGCUCAAUUAGAGAUCGCCGAGUCGAAGGGGAUAGCUUUCGACGUCCGAAUCCUCCACUUCACUAACAAUCUGCUGGAUAAUGUUCGGCGCCAAACAUUAGAGCAGCUUUCUCAGUUAGAAAAAGAGAACGAAUCACUACGAGAGAGGGUUCGCUUGAUGGAAGCAGGUCAAACCCGAAAUCCUACUCUUUUGGUUGGAGAUCACUUUGAACAAGGAUGUAUUCCCGAACGUCUCAGAGAUCUAGAAGAAAAACUCAAAUCGAGUCAAAUGAAGAACCAACGGGUGGAAGAAGUGUUCCGAAAAUACUGCUCUGAAUUCCGCCGAGGAAUAUUUGAACUUUUCAGUUAUCAGGUGGAUAAUGACGAAUGCGGCAAUUUUAAACUCACAUCUGUGUUUUCCGAAUCGAGAACGGAUUGUCUCUCUUUUAAAUACGUUGGCGACGGCGUGCUGGUUAUGGAUAGUUCAUAUCUUCAUACCAUUGAUGAUUUAGUUCAGCUUCACAUCAAUAACCAAAAGUUCAUCCCCGACUUCUUGUCUUCCCUCACAGUUGAGCUUUACCCUCGUCAGUCUAUCAACUCAUCUGCCUAUCCAUCAGUCUUGGUUACUCCAAGCUGAACUUAAAAUUGCUGGAUCAACGCGUCGAAGAUCGUCGUCGGAAGAGCAAGGACAUUAGCUACGAAUCUUCUCCAUCCUAUGACGACAGUCAGCCAUUGAUCCCUUCCAGCAACAUCAGCAGCGGUAAGGAGAAUUUCUCAUUCUUCUUUCAUUUUCUAUGGGGAAAAGAAAAAAAGAACAAACAAAGAAAAAACAAAAAAAAAAACAAAGAAAAAGCCAAGUUUUAAAGUUCUGUUGUCGUGCAACGUGGCUGUGUAUGUUGUGAUGCACGCUUUUCGGCUUAGAUAAAAAUGGCGGAGU